AGGCACAUACGCAGUAGAUAGAAGAUAGACGAUCCCAAUUAGCGCGCCUCUGUACGUACAUACAAAGAACAGCAGUGUACCCAGCAACGGCAGCGACAGCGAUGGAAGCAGCAACGAUAGCAGCAACGACAGAGAAAGAGAAGGCGACAGCAACAACGACAACAGUCCCAAACGACUGUAGCGACGGCGGCGACUGUAAUGGCGACAGCAACAGAGAUAACAGCAGCAGCAUCAUCAUCAUCAGCGGCAUCACCAUCUCCACGCGUCCCCGUCUCGUCUAUCACGUACAAUACGUACCUACGUCCUCACAUGUAAUCGAGCGUGAAAGCCUUCCCUCCCGUCCAUAGAUAGAUGGACAGAUGGAUGGCAGCAAAAUAUCAAAGAAAAUAAAAAGGCAAGCCGAAAGCCCAGAUCAACAACAGCAGCAGCAACAUCAAGUACCUUCGUACGCAACAAAGAAGAAAAACAAGCAAGUAAAAACAUUCCUUGAGAGUUGUUGUCGUCAGAAACAUUGCCCUAUCAUUUGUCUUUUCUUGUCACUCAUUCCUUUCUUCCUCUCUCUCUCUCUCUGCCUCGUCCUUAGUCGUCGUCGUAGCUCCUCAGUCAGUCAGUCGUCCGUCGUGGUCAUUGCUUCCUCCACCACCGCGUGUGCUGUCGUACCACUACCGAGAGGAAGGCUGACAGCAAGCAUACAUCCCACCGCCCCCAAACAGCCCCUUAUAAACCGAGAAGCAGGGCAGCAGAAAAAGGAAAAAGGGUGAAAGAGAAACGAGUCCGUCCCAUAAGACGCAACAACUUCCAU